AUGGAAUCGAGCUCCAAAGGUCCGCGAUCCGCACACGACCCCUGGUUGAGGCUUUCGCAGGAAUGCGCCCACGGCGCUAUCUACGACUCGAACGAACGUCAGCCCCACUCUCAGUGUCUGGAAGGCACGAGGGUCGACCUUUUACAGCAUCUCAAGGAUCUGGUUGACGAUGGAAGACGCAAGGUGGUCUGGGUCUCGGGAGAGUCUGGGUCGGGGAAGUCGACCGUAGCCCACACGCUUGCCGACGGGCUUCGCGCGGAAGGCAAGCUCGUCGGCACAUUCUUUUUUUCUAGGAAGCAUACCAAGCGCAGUACCUUCAACUAUGUCCUCCUCACUUUAGCCUAUCAGAUCGGUCUCCAUCACCCUAUAGCCAGAGAGACCAUCGUUAAAGCCAUCUCCGAUGACCCUGCAUUGCUUUCUCCCGACAAAUCACGUCACGACUUGUUGGUGAAGCUCAUCAUGGAGCCUAUGCGAGAGCUAGCCAUCAUCUGGAAAGACACGCCCGACAUGUCUAUCGUCUUCGACGCUCUGGACGAAGGCGCUAAUAGCGGCACGGACCUUAUACGCCCGUUCAUACUCCUCCUCGCGCGUCUUGUGAAAGAUGCUUCUCUCCCGGUUCUCAAUAUCAUCAUCACUAGUCGACCCUGGCCCGAGAUCCGUGCUGUUAUGGGUAACCCCAACGUUUCGCCCGUUCUCGAGACUGUUCUUGUCGAGCGUUUCGACUCGCAUGAGGACGUCGUACGCUUCCUCCGACACUCGUUCGAUCACGUAUACGACACCUGUCUCCGUGCUUUCUCCAUUCCCGGGCCAUGGCCCCCCGAAGUCGAUUUUCAGAUACUCUCUGAGCAGGCCCAUGGCCGCUUCAUCUUCGCUGCUACCGUCAUUCGAUUUAUAGGUCAGGAUGAGCCCCAGAGCCGCCUUCGGCUGAUCUGCAGCAUGCUACGCCGCAACACGUCACAAGACAUGGGAGACGUACAUCAUUUAUAUUCUUCUAUCAUUGACGAAGUCGACCCUUUGACGCGCGCCAAGGGGAUGAAGUAUCUCUCCCUUAUCAUCAACCUCGCUGAACCUCUCGCCAUCUCUGACUUGGACCAACUCUUUGGUGAUCAUGUCCAUUCAUAUCUUAUCCCCUUUUCCGCUCUCAUAUCUGUCCCUCCUCCUGGCUCUCCCGGUCCGGUUGAAGUGUUUCACUCGUCCCUCCGGGACUUCCUGCAACAGAAAGAGCACGAUGACGUCACAGCUAUCCACAACCGUCUGGCGUUGUCGUGCUUUCAAACGAUGCGUGCGCUGCUAAAGCGUGACAUCUGCGGUUUGAACGACCCUUCAUUGCUCCAUGACGAGAUUCCGGACUUUGCUCAAAAGCGCGACUCCAUCCCUAGAGCACUCCGCUAUGCGUGUCUUUAUUGGCUUCAUCAUGUCCAGCUCACUCAGCCUACGAACGAGAUCCAGGGACACUUAUUCGACUUCCUUCGCCAUUGUGUCCUCUUCUCGAUCGAAGCCUACGCAGUAAUCGGUGAGCUCCGUCGUGGAAUAACGAUCUUUUAUGAGGCAAGGGGGCUAGUCGCGGAUUGGCCCGGAGGCUCGUUUGCUCAAAAGGAUGACACUGUCGCUCUGCUACAUGACAGCUGGAGGCUCACUUUAACCUUCUUCGACGCUAUCAGCAUUUCCGCUCUUCACGUGUAUGAGUCAGCUCUUCCUUUCAGUCCGAAAAACUCCAAGAUCCGUCAAGUCUACAGCCACUACUUUGAAACAGAAACUGCGUUUAUAUUCGAAGAGGGUCUGGACGAUGAAUGGGGAUGUUUUAUGCACAAGAUCAAUACUGAAACUUGGAGUCUUAAGGUUGCUAUGUCGCCUGAUACAUCGCAAAUUGCUGCUAUUACAGAAGAUUCGGUACGUGUUUGGAACACGGCGACAGGAGUGCUGGUUGCGUCACUUCCCUUCAGCACUUCAAACCUUGGGAUACGCGACAUCAUGCACAACGGUUCUCUUGUAGCGUUUCCUGGACAUGUGCUUGGGGAUACUAGUGAUACACCCGUUUGUCUGGUCUGGCGACCAUCCGACGGAGAGGUUUUCUCAUUUUGUACCAACAGGCCGCCAACAGGGUUGUUAAAGGAUCGAACUCGUAUAGCUCUUCCUUCUAAUGGGGAUACGGUCGCAUGCUUCAGUGUCGACAAGGAUGGUCUGUUCCCUUUGAUAGAAGUCUUUGAGGUAGCUACCAAGGAACUGUUGUCGUAUAUUCAACUUCAC